GUUCCGAAAUGCAUGAACUCCCCAACGAUGGCAUUUUUGUUGGUACUAUACCACCAGUUACUUUGGGGGAGGCCGGCAGGAACCCCCAAAUGUCACAGUUUGAUGCACACACCCGUGAUGUUAUGUCUAUGUCUGGCUAUGCUCAGUUCUCCCUUACUGAUGAGUUGAUCGACACUGCCCGGGGAAUUUUCGAAUUGCCUACCUUUGGUACGUCACAGAUGUCUGAACUUGAUUUCCGUACAACAGAUAAUGUUGUCCGUGGGACAGCUCCAAGUCAGUCAUCUGAAGGUGGACUGGAAAGACCAUCCUCCGAUUUCCAAACCGCUGGAACUAAUCCAUGUUUAAUCACAUCUGGCCAUGAAGGCGAGCAUUCGGAACCGCUGGGACAAGUAUCUGUCACGACCGCUGGUGAUCUGUAUGUUCCUGCUAAUGGACAGCACACAAAUCUUCAACCUGCAAUUUAUCCUGAUGGUCAAACUGUCUCACAACCUGUAAACUCAGAAGUAUCGAUGGGAUUUCCUUCCUGUACGACCAUGUCAGGUUCCGUGCCGGUGAAUCACUGUGUGUACAAUACUGGUCACGCAAAUGAGGAGUUCUUGGGGAGGCUUCCGUCAAUGCCGAUAUCACACCAUCCACUCAACCCGACGAUUUUCGAAUCUUCGAUUUUCCCAGAUUUUACGUUCAGGAACAGUGAUAUGUCUUCAGAAACGUCUUUUACUCCCGACGACCUGCUUGACACGUCAUUAUCGAAAAGGCAAAAGUUGGUUGAAAACCAUCUCUCGGAUUCCACUUAUUUAAGGAAUGAUAAACCUGUUUUCGAACGUGGAUCCACGUUGGGCCUCCCCCCAAAUGCGUUGAAUGCCGGGUUACCCACACUACGCAGCCUUCUGGAGGCGAAUGCCUCAGAGAGUAAUGAAUUCUGUGCGCAGAACAGUUACGAUUCCCAUACCUGCGUCAGUGCACAGACUUUUACUCCUGAGUCGGAAGACGGAAACUCGGUGCUCCUGCGUAGGUUGAGUGGUGCUUCCCAAAGUUUGGGAGGGGAUUCUUCACACCAGGUAUUCUACUCAUCUCGUGAUGAUGAAGGUAUCGCGCUUUUAAGCUCGGCUUCGAAUCCGCCCUUCGCACCAGCUAAUCUGUCGGUGCUGACAGCCCGUGAUCAAAGCCCAUCGAGAGAAUCAAGCUCCUCGACAGACUUUCAUCUGUCCGAACAAGAAGGUGAAGGAAGAAUGUCACCAGAACGAGAUUGCUUUUUAUCAUUUAACAAUGAUGACACGCAAACCUCAAUGAUAAAUCACUACGGAAGCCUCUGUUUAAGUGAACCUACGGGGAUCACAGCUGAAAGUUCUCUGAAGCUACCUGAAGCGGCCGACUUUGUGAACAAUUCACAGUCCUAUUCCAUGAUACCUGCCGGUCCAAACGACUUCCCAUGCGGCCCCACGAUUCAUGGGACUUCGUCUACGACCGGACUGUCAGCUGAUCACGAAACGCCUCAUGUGUCGUAUAGUGACAGCAUUUCCUCGGUGCCUCCAUUACCUGCGUUCGCUUCGUCCGAACCGCUCCCACAGUCUAAUGAACUCUCCACACCGGAGUAUAAUCAUCUGGAUCGAAGAUGCACCACGGAAGCAUUGCGCCCAACUGUGCUUGCUAUGAACGAACAGCAGCAGCAACAACAACAGAGCAAUGUCGACUCAAAUGUCACAUCCGACACGAAUAUUCCGUCCUCGAUGCUGGUGAUGGAGAACCACGCUACUGCUUCGGAGGAUUGGACGAGUAGCCUGAACAGUAGUACCAAUGUGUUGCCUGAAUCACCACACUCCACCUACACACAAACUGCUUUUGCGUCUGCAAGCUCACACUCAUCCGCAUACAUUGCUGAAGAAGAAAACCAGAGAUCUUUCUCUCCACACCCGAAGCCUUCAUCACAAGGGCCGCAUCAAGUGCCUGGAAAAAAGACGCUUCUUACUGUAGCAUCCAAACCCCACAGUGGUCACCUGGUUGUCACGCGAAAAGUGAGGGCACCACUCGUGUACAAACACUCCACUUGUAUUCUCCGUACGGAAAGCUCCCUACGUGAUACAUUAACCGCUCCUGGACUUACUGCUCUGCCCGGAAUGUCACGCAAGGCCGGCGGUCUGUUAUGCAGCCGGGAUCGAUUGACAGAUGUGGCAUCACGCGCCAACUGGAACACGACCAACAGUCUGCAGUAUGCGCGGUUUGUAUCGCAGGCAUCAGGACGUGGGACUGGGCUGCCUAUUCGCCCUCUGUGUCAGUUUACGCAGGGGAGAAAACGGAUGAGCAGAUUCACUGCACCGGCUCCGCAGUUACCGGCAAUAACCAAUACAACAUAUUCGCGAAAGAAGUGUACAUCUCAGGGGGACGAUAUUCGUGGUGGCUACGGCUCGCUCCCGAUCAGUUUGGCCUCCUUUCCCUCUGCACCAUCCCCACAUGCUUUCUUCCCCGACUAUUCGGUUCGUAGUCAGGCUCGUGUUGUUAUCCUACGUCAACCAGAAGCGCAACAUCGGGCCCGGUAUCAGACCGAGGGCAGUCGAGGAGCGGUUAAAGAUAUCAGUGGGCACGGGUUUCCCACGGUACAGCUCCUUGGUUGGAACGGUCGAGCAUCGUUGCAGGUGUUUGUGGGUACGGAGUAUGGACGUACGCGGCCGCAUCCUUUCUACCAAGCCUAUUUAGUCGUCGGAAAGUCGACCAAAUACUGCGUUCAGACCAUUCGUGAUGGGGUCAAUGUGAUUGAGAUGUCCUUCUCCAACGCGAAUAACUGGACGUUGAGUGUGGAGUGUGUGGGAAUUUUGAAACUUCGUAAAACUGAUGUGGAACAACGGUCUCAGGUAGCCUCGACAAAUGGUAACAAUAUGACCGCUCCAUCUACCGCCAACGAUUGUUUGCGCAACGGGGCAUCCGAUGAGUUGGUAUCAAAGACCAGGGCAGCUGAAGUCCCUCGAACCAAGAUCAAUGCAAAACCGAUUUGUGGUGGUGGUCGAAAACCUGGCAAAGCGCGUCUCGUUUUCCGGGUUCUGUUAUUCCAUGAAAACACGGGUAGCAUUGAGGCUAUUCAAGUUGCUUCGGAUCCGAUCUUGUGCACCCAGCUAAUCGGUGACCCGGAAUUGUGCCGUUUAUCUCUAUCGGAAUCUGGCCCUAAUGGCGGUGGUGACCUGUUCAUUCUAGGGAAGAAUUUGGGCAAAGAGUGUCAUGUCAUAUUUCGUCAAUUGGCCAACAAUUCCCCAUUGAAUGUGAAACUUGAGGAUAAUCAUGGAGAUGCGCAUCCUUUGGAUGGUGCCAACUCGGAAACUUUGGUAUCUUGGCAGAAGGAGGCAGCGCUAGAGGUUGAAUUCUCACAACAGACUCACUUGGUUUGUCGCGUACCCGCUUACGAUGGACCGUCGGUACCGUUGGUUCACCCUCUCCGUGUCCAGGUCAUCAUUCGUCUCGGCCAACGUUGGAGCAAUCCGUUUCCUUUCACCUAUCUUCCGGAUGCUGCGUCGUUUCACGCAGGUGCCCCGACCUAUAAGUUAACGCACACAUCGAAACUCGCUCCAGCGGUUGGUGACGCACAAAUCGACUAUUCGCAUCCGUCCCUCUCCUACUUACCAGAUUCAUCCUCCUGUCUAAAUGCAAGAUCCUCCGCUCCGGAACGUUUUCAGCUGGCUUCGUCAUCAAUCCCAGCAAACGAUAAUCCAGUUGCAGAUAUCAACAAUUCCACUGAGUCCAUCUCUCGACACCCGAUAGAUUCUGAUUCCUCAUUUUUCCUUCCACCGGAUCCCUUGAACACGCACUCUUCCGUGUUACCAUCAAAUACCGUGUUACCUGUACUGAAUACUAUCCCGGUACCUGAAUCAUCGCAAUUGCAGAUGGAUCCUCAAACAGCCUCCGCCAAUCCUGACAUCCUCCCACAAGGUGAUCUGUCAACUCCAUCCCUAUCCUGUUUCAUUGAAACCCCACAACAUAUGCCUGGACAGCAACUCCAGGUUCGAAUCGGAGCCAAUUCUUACUUCGUUUUUUCUGUCUGUUUACUCUCCGUUGAUCUGAUGCUCGACUUGGUUUUUCUACUGCUCAGCCUUUCUGAUCAAACUGUGAAUCACAGGACUUUGAAGAUGACUAGUUCUCCGACUUUGUGUUUUGGAGCAUGUGGUACUU